AUGGUAUAUCAUAUAUUAAGCGCAUGGUAUAUCGUAUAUUAAGCGCGCUUAAAUCGCAAUAUGAGCGCAGUUGCAUGAAUCUAGCAAACUGGUUUUCAUUUUUUCUUUGUAUGUAAGGGUUUAGAGCUCUAUGAUUAGCGGUGGGCUCCAUUUAUAGUGGCUUCUGCCCAAAUCAGGGGCUAAAUUUAGAAAGUGAAGUAGAAUAUGCUUAUCUGAGUCGCCUGUAAUCUGAAGUCAUUCUCAUAUUUUAUUGCUGGAAGGGUUCUUCUGAGAUUCGUCUUGAGCGAGCUUUGAAGGAAAAGAAGAAGAUUUGAUUUUAUCAGAGAUAGUUCCAUUAAAAUUAUUUUUGAAAUGGAAAAUGAGAGGAAGAAUGGAGUCGAGCUUGCUCAAUGGCGGAUGGAGAAAAUCAGGGAACAUUUACGUGCGUCUUCGUCUUAUUCUUCUUCCAUGGAGUGCAAUUUGGAGAGGCAGUCGACAUCAGCGGGAGAUUUUUUCAUUGGUCAACGGUACAGUGUCAUUCUUCCUGAGCAAUUGCACUUAGGAAAAUGGAAUGUUUACAGGUCAGCAAAAUCCCCUUUGAAACUCGUCGAUAGAUUUCCAGAGCACCCUGAAAUAGGAACCCUGCAUGAGAACUUUUUGCAUGCUGUGGAAUUCUAUCAGCAUUCGAAGUAUCUUGGUACACGAGUACGUGUGGAUGGAACAAUCGGCGAGUACAAGUGGAUGACAUAUGGAGAGGUGAGCACUGCACGAUGUGCAUUAGGUUCUGGUCUAAUAUAUCAUGGCAUUCCAAAAGGAGCUUGCAUUGGACUGUACUUUAUCAACAGACCUGAGUGGAUAGUCACAGACCAUGCAUGUUCUUCAUAUUCUUACAUCUCAGUCCCUCUAUAUGAUACUCUAGGUCCGGAUGCUGUACAGUAUAUUGUGAAUCAUGCUGACAUAGCAGCUGUCUUUUGUUUACAAGAAAACUUGAAAAUGCUGCUGAGCUUUUUGUCAGAGCUUCCCUCUUUACGCCUUAUUGUGGUUAUUGGUGGGACAAAAGAAUUCAUGCCAUCCAUCCCAUCAAAAGAAGGAAUUGAAAUCAUCUCCUAUUCACAGUUAUUGGAUCAGGGUAAUAGUAACCUCCAGCCAUUUCGCCCUCCAAUACCGGAAGAUGUUGCAACGAUUUGCUACACAAGUGGCACCACUGGAACUCCAAAGGGAGCCGUCUUAUCCCAUGCAAAUCUAAUAGCGAGUAUUGCUGGUUCUAGUCUUAGCGUCAAACUCUACCCCACAGAUGUCUAUAUUUCAUAUCUUCCCUUGGCACACAUUUAUGAGAGGGCAAAUACUAUUGGGAUGACACACAAUGGUGUUGCUAUUGGAUUUUAUCAAGGGGACAACUUGAAGCUAAUGGAUGACAUAGCAGCUUUAAGGCCCACAAUCUUUGCCAGUGUGCCUCGUCUAUAUAAUAGAAUAUAUUCAGGGAUUCUGAAUGCUGUGAAGAUGUCUGGGGCACUCAAAGAGAAGCUAUUCACUGUUGCAUUCAAUUCCAAGAAGCAAGCGAUCAUGACUGGGAAGACCCCAUCUCCAAUUUGGGACAGGCUAGUUUUUAACAAAAUAAGGGCAAGACUUGGAGGUCGUGUCCGCAUUAUGUUUUCAGGGGCAUCACCUAUAUCUCCUGAUGUUAUGGAUUUCCUCAAAUUUUGUUUUGGUGGUAGAGUCUCUGAGGGAUAUGGGAUGACAGAGACGUCUUGCAGUAUUUGCAUUUCUGAUGAGGGUGACAAUUUGUCUGGUCAUGUUGGAUCUCCUAAUCCUGCAUGUGAAGUAAAACUAGUUGAUGUCCCAGAAAUGAAUUAUACCUCUGAAGACAAACCACAUCCUCGUGGAGAAAUAUGUGUGAGGGGACCCAUUAUUUUCAAGGGCUAUUAUAAGGCUGAUGUGCAAACACAAGAAAUAAUCGAUGAGGAUGGAUGGCUCCACACUGGUGACAUAGGAUUAUGGCUGCCUUGUGGGCAAUUGAAGAUUAUUGAUAGGAAAAAGAAUAUCUUUAAGCUGGCACAAGGAGAGUACAUUGCGCCAGAAAAGAUAGAAAAUGUCUAUACAAGAAGCAAAUUUGUUAGCCAGUGUUUCAUAUAUGGUGACAGCCUAAAUUCAUGUCUAGUCGCAAUUGUUGCUGUGGAGGCAGAUAUUCUAAAAUUAUGGGCCACAUCCCACGGGAUCAAGUAUCAAGAUCUGAGUGAAUUAUGUAAUGAUCCGAGAGCAAGGGCAGCAGUUUUAGUAGACAUGGAUGCUAUUGGACGUGAGGCUCAGUUAAGGGGUUUUGAAUAUGCAAAAGCUGUUACAUUGGUUGCUGAACCAUUCAGUUUGGAGAAUGGUCUUCUUACUCCAACAUUUAAGAUAAAAAGGCCACAAGCAAAGGCCCACUUCGCAAAAGCUAUAUCAGACAUGUAUUCUGAACUUGAGCACACUCUUCCUCAAAGGAACUUAUAAGAUGCAAACAAGAUAUCAUCUUCAUAUUAUUAUGUUUCUGCCUAUAACGAAGUAACAACUUUUUCUAGAGAGGAUAUUGCCUUCUUAGGCAGAUUGAUCAAUGUAAAAUAGCUGUAUGCUUCAUCAUUCUUCUGGCAUUUGCCUUGAAACAAAAUAAGUUAAAUCAAUAAAAAAUUUGGUGGUCUUCUUUGCUUUA